UUUUCAUUGUUCAAUUUGAUUAGAGUUUCCUGUGUUUGAAUAAUGUUUGUCAAAUAGAUCAAAAACUUGGGGUAAAAAUUAAAAUGGUUGAGAAAAUUUGGUCCCAUAAUUAGUUGAUUUGAUUUUAAAUUUCAAGGUUUAGGCAUAACCUGAAACCAUAUUAAUGGUUGUUAGGCAUAUUGAAUGAACUAACUAUUCUUGAACAUGGGCCUUUAACUAAUAGCUCGAGUCAGCUAAUGAUUUAAUAAGUACAUAUAGAAUGUACCGGAUAUAAGAAGCGAGUACAUAUACCGUGGUAACUUUACCCGACUUAGUUUUAAACCCAGUGGAAAAUACAGCUAGCAAACAAACUGUAUUUAUCGGUAGCCUUGUGGUGACCACUAUUGCCUCUUUCCGUUCUUCUCUCCUACCACCCCUCUUUGGCCGCGAUUGACACUUGAAAUUAUAUACUAAUUGGAAACUGGGAAGAGGAUGAGGAUGAAUCGAUGAUAUUCAUGCUCUAAAGGAGACUCAAAUCCUAGCAUAUUGUUUUACUGCUAAGAUACCACUAAGCGGCUGGAAUCUUCAUAACAUGUAAUGUCGGCAACUUCAUGUUCCCAUGAUUGUAAGGAGGAUGAAGAAGAGGAUUAUGUGUUGAUCGAUCUAGAUGGUGUUUCUGGGCAUGUUCACAUUCCACCAAAUGCACCAUAUGUUCUAUCGGGUCUGGACACGAUGAACCCAAUUUUGAUUAUUGAUGACAAAGUGAAGCUGUUGACCAUGGUAGCUUACAAGGACAAACCCAUGAUUCUUUAUCACUUGUUGAUUUCACAGAUUGGAGAAUACGAAGAAACAAUUGGAACAUGCCUUGUUUUCACUGAAGAAGUGGCCCCCGUGGUUCAUGAAGAGACAGGACCAUCUGAAACAAACCUUUUCUCGGGCAGAUGCAUAAUAGACCCAAAGCAAGCUUCAGUCAAGGAAGUCAAGCCAAUUGCCCGCCUCCACAAGAUUCUCAAGUUUAGAUUAUUGCCUGAAGAUGAUGAUGUUGAAGAUUCAGUGACCCAGGAGGCUAAUAUGUAAUAGUAAAUUAUUAACAAAUGACAGGUAUGAUGUCUAAUCUUUCCAAAAUGAAGGAAAUACAGUCGACUGCAUCCAAAUGCAAAAUCAAAAUUGUAGAUAUUGAGUAUUUCGAGUAUUGAGAUUGAAAAAUAUCACUCAUUCCAACGUGUUAUGUAGAUAUUGUGUCAAUCCUUUCCUAUUACCAAAUAAUUAUAAUACUAUUUUCCUUUGUUA